AACCCCACCGACGCCAGGAGGUGGGCAGCGCGAGAGGAUGCUGCGCUGCGCGUACACGCAGCGGCGGUGGGCGCACCGCCGCGGCGGCUUCGUGACCGGCGGCACCGGCUGGUCCAAGCCGCCGCCGCGGGGUCUCGGCCCCGCUUCGGGCGCUGGCGCGAAGAAGUCGGAAUGGUGGGCGGUGGACGGGGAGAUGCACGAGAUUGGGGACGGCGUGCCGCACCGCGAGCGCUUCGCCAUCCCGCGGGAUAACCUCCCCAACCGCCGCCGCAAGCAGAUGCGGGAGCAGUUCAUGCGACGCACGCGCCUCGUCCUCAAGGACUCGGAACACGAAAUUUUCUGCAAAAAGUAUAUGGAACUAUACCAAGAGCUUAGAGAGAACUGGGAAAGGUUGUACUGGGAUGAAGGUUAUUCCAAAAAGAUUGCUGAAGAUCAUGCUAAUUAUGACUCAGCUGAAGAAGAUGAUCUGGACUUCUCACCAAACAGCAGGAGAAGGCGUCCCAAUGUAGAACCAAACAAGGACCUUGGUUUCGGGGCGAACAAACAAGGUGAAACAUGGGAAAGGGUUACUCAAAUUCGUGACAAGUUUGAAUAUGACAGAGAAAGGAGAAUGAGAGAACGAGCAUUUGCUCCCAUGAAUAUGGAGAACAAUUUUGGCCGGCAUGACACAAAAUUCAGGAGCCAAGAUGAUUCAAGUUUUGCAUCGGCAAACAUGGAAGACGAUUUUGGUUCGCAUGGUCCAACUUUAAGAAAUCGUUCUGAUCGAAGUUCUCAAUAUGACUCAACUUUCAGAAACCGGCGUGAUUCAGAUGUCCAAAAUGAACCAAGAUUAAGAAAUGACCGUUAUCCAAAUUUCCGAAACCAACGUGACACAAGACACCAGACAUUUGAUGACUAGAGGAUCUUAUCGUGGAUCUUGCCGAGAGCAAAGUGGCUGUUUUUUUCGCUGGCAUCGUUAAGCAUGCUAAUUUCGUUGUUUUUUGUUGUGAGAUGUAGCAAUUUAUUCUUGCUUCGCAACAAAAAGGGAAAAAUAUCUUCUUUUGUAAUAUACAAUGGUUGCUCAGCCUAAACAGAGAUCUAUAGCAUUUACAAGCAAUAGCCUUUUGAAUA